AUGAAAAAGGACGAGCACUCACAGACCUGGUCAAAAUGUAAAGUCAUUCUGGGCGGGUUCUUAAUACACUGCACGCUGGGCAGCAUCUACUGCUUCUCCAACAUUAGCAUUUACGUCAUCUCGUACAUGAAAAUCAUAGGUUGCUCCAAUGUAAAGUACAAGGAUAGUAGCUGGGUAUAUGUGCUUACUUUAAUUUUUCAGUGCUUUUUUGGUUUCUUCGGGGGAAUGCUGAAUCAGCAUUUGGGCCCCCAGAUUAGCGUGUUGCUUGGGGGGUGGCUCAUGUGCCUGGGGAUCCUGUUGUCCUAUUUCACCGUGUUCAAUUUUUACCUAUUUUUGAUGACCUAUGGGAUUUUGUGCGGCAUUGGAUGCGGCAUUGCCUACCCCAUUCCGCUCUCCGUGGCGGUCAAGAGGCACUACGACUAUAAGGGAGUGAUCAGUGGAAUAAUUUUUGUGGGCCGAGGCAUGGCAGUUUUCCUGAUAUGCCCCCUUCAGAAUUAUUUUAUAAACAGGUACAACUACAUGCCGGAUUACACGCCCGAGUUGGACCCAACAGAAGACAAGUACUUUAGCAACCUGGAGAUCCUUAACAGGGUUCCCUAUUUGUUCAUUUAUGAAGGGAUCUUUUUUGCAGUCAUUCAAUUUAUAGGAGCAUAUUUGAUAGCAGAUUCUACAGAAGCAUCAAACGAAUUUUUAGCUUUCAAUGAUAAGAACAGCAAGGUUUUAUAUCUGGACCAUGGGGGGUAUGCAAAUAAAAGUCCUAAAGGAAUGUCCAGCUCAUUUAGGACCUUAUCUAACACUUCUAAUUUUUCCCUCAGAGAAGCCAACAGUAGUACCUUCAUCAAUAGGGAUUUCAUUUUAAUAUGGUUGAUGGUAUUUUUUAACUGGCAAGCUAUUUCGUAUACUCAGGUCUUUUGGAAAAUAUUUGGUUUAAAUUAUCUUAACAUUGAUGAUAGAUCCUUGUCUUUCCUCGGAGCUGUUUCUUCUCUCUUCAAUAUAAUGGGCAGAAUUUUUUGGGGCUUCAUUAGUGACUUGACGAGCUUUAAAACGGCGCUCAUACUGAUGAGUAUGUUAAUGAGUUUCCUAACUGUUACCUUAACGCUUUCUGGUUUAUGUGGAAAAAUUACCUACUGUAUUUGGGUUUGCCUCAUUUUCUUUUGUCAUGCUGGUACAUUUUCUAUUUUCCCUUCUAUCACUGCACAUACCUUUGGCACCCGGAACUUCGGACCCAUCUUUGGACUCCUCUUCACUGCUAGAGCUUUUUCGAGUAUCAUCAACGCCAUGUUAGCGGCAGUCAUUUUGAACAACGUGGGAAAUAUUGCUAUGUGUGCACUCGUCUCCAUUUCAUCCUUCAUCAGCAUUAUGUUGGCGCUGGCUUUUUAG